AUGACUAUCGUUCAAGACAGGUCGACGACACUUCAUGCGACAGCUAAGAACCUGGUCCAAAAUGUUCUAGCACGGUUCAAUGGAACCCAUGAUUCGAGUCUCAUGAGCUGUGCUGUUUAUGACACAGCAUGGCUGGCCAUGAUUCGAAAACCGGACGCCAAUAACACACAAUCGACUUGGCUUUUCCCGGAGUCUUUCACUUACAUAUUGGACACCCAACUUCCAGAUGGCGGGUGGGAGUCUUAUGGGAGCCAUAGCGAUGGGAUCUUGAACACAGCAGCCUCAAUACUCGCCAUACAACUCCAUCAUGACGAACCAGCUCAACUACGCGACGUUACCGCCCUAGAGUUGUCAGAACGCCUUGAUCGCGGGUGUGAAGCGCUACAGCGUCUCCUCAGCUCCUGGGAUGUACAAUCGUGUGUUCAUGUUGGAUUCGAGAUUUUGGUUCCAAAGCUACUGAGACUGUUAGAGGAGAAGGGCCGAAAGUUCGAAUUCGACGGCCAUAGCAGCCUAAUGGCUCUCAACAAGGCAAAGCUUGCACGCUUCCGACCGGAGAUGGUUUAUGGGGAGCUACUUACAACGCCCUUAUAUUCCUUGGAGGCAUUUGAUGGAAUCAAAUCCGAAAAGGUGAAGCAUCACAAGUCUCUUGGGGCACUUAUGGCAUCGACUUCGUCCACGGCUUCAUACUUGAUGGGCCUAAAUACCUGGGAUGAUGAAACAGAAGCCUACUUAAGACGUGUAGUGUCUAUUGGGCCAGGCAGAGGAAGCGGCGGGGUGCCGGGAGCGUUUCCAACAACCUAUUUUGAAAUGACCUGGGUUGUGACAACUCUACUAGAAGCUUCAUUUACACCAGAACAACUGGGCAGGGAAAAUUUAGAACAGAUCGCGCAAGUAUUGUCCAAGGCCCUUGAAGAAGAGGGAGGAAUCUUGGGGUUCUCGCCAAGAGUUGGGGCCGAUGCCGAUGACACGGCCAAAACUAUGUUGACCUUACGCAUGCUUGGUCAUCCUGUGGAUCCUUCUGCCCUGCUACAACGUUUUGAGACAGAGGAUCGCUUCCUAACUUAUCAAUUCGAGCGGACGCCAAGUUUCAGUGCUAACUGCAAUGUUUUGAGCACUUUGCUUCAUAUGCAAUCCCUUGAUCAGUAUGCUACUUCUAUUGGAAAAGCUGCAAGGUUCAUAUGUAAUUGGUGGCACGACUCGGAUGAACAGAUUCCAGAUAAAUGGAACACAACUUUCGGUUACAAUGCAAUGCUGAUGGUACAAUCUUUGGUUCGAUUGCUGGACCAGUGGAAUGAGGGUAAACUUCAACUGCUUGAUGACGAACUUAUUUUUGAGCUUAUCCCACUUGCAAUAUUCCAAGCAUUGCUACGCUGUUUGGCGAAACAAAAGCCAGAUGGAAUGUGGGGGGACUCUGCAGAGGAGACAGCCUAUUCCGUAAUCAUCCUCGCAACCGCAGCUAAACUUCCAUCUGUAGAGCCACUGCUUACAAGAAUUAACGAAAGCAUCGAAAAGGCUCACAAAGCUCUCCUUCGUUCAGGCAUAGACAGCCAAGCGAGCUACAUUUGGGUAGGAAAGACCUCGUACAAAUCUGAGAUUCUUUCAGAAACCUACAUUCUGGCGGCGCUGAACUCAAGCGCUACCGCGCCAAUGACUGGAGAUAGGAUUGCAUCAUUAUCCACUAUCUCGGCGAGUAAGAUUGUCUCAUGGGUGAAAUUUUACUCAGGCCUUCCAGGAAUUGCCCAAACACCAAAUUGGAUGCUAGUUGCGUCUAUCAUCGAAGGGUCACUCCAGUCUCGUCGCUUGCUCCGUAAGUGUAAAGAAGCAUUCCCAGAAUACAGCACAGACGUCCCAGAGAGAACUCAGCAGUACUUGGAGUACAUCCCGGCAGUAUGGAUAAUCUGCAGUAACAAGGACAGUAUAUUUUGCUCCUCAAAAAUAUUGUUUGACAUGAUGAUCCUGUCCUUUCUCACCUACAAAAUCGAUGAGUACAUGGAAACUAUUGCCACUGUAGGACCCGGCGGACUAGACAACUUGAAGCAAACCAUCUCCAAGGCGUUUAGUUGCAUACAAAUACCUGAAUCUACAUCAACAAAUUCUUCAUCGCCAACUGACAGCGUUGACAACACCUUGGCCCAUUUCGUCAGCUAUGUCAUGCGGCUUCCUACAGUUAUUAACGCAGCCAAGUAUGACAAGAAUCGGCUCCAAACGAAACUUCACACCUACCUAGACUCUCACGUAGAUCAGCUUAUACAAGAUCAAUUUUUCUCCAGCGAAAACAGCGCAGAUACAACUCGAACGCAUAAAUCCAUGGCCAAUCUACACGAAUGGGUCCAUGGCGCUGCUUCUUCAUCGACUUCUUGUCAACACGCCUUCAAUCUUCUUCUCUGCAGCCACAGUGGUGAUAGCGAUGUCUUCGACACUGCAGAGCAAGAGUAUCUCGCUGAGAAUCUCAGCAAUCAUUUGGGGGCAAUGUGUCGGAUUGACAACGAUGUUGGAUCCAUGGCGCGCGACAAAGCGGAUGGAACACUUAAUGCUGCAGACUUUCCUAAGAUGAAUGUUAGAUUAGGUGCCAAGGCUCAACUACUGAAUUUGGCUCGUUGGGAACGGAAACAAGUCUCAGCUGCGCUGGAGGCUUUAUCAGAGGUGCUGGUCUCGGGUCAGCAACAAAGAGUUGAGCAGCUACUACGGAUGUUCACAGACGUCUGCGAUGUUUAUGGGCAGAUUUACCAUCGCCGAGAUCUGUCAGUUGUCAAUGCACCUUGA